GACGUUUAUUUGUUUUUAUCAAGAAAACUAGCUUCCUUGGUUAUAAUUUUCAAAGAAAAACAAUUUUUACAAUAGUGGAAAUGAAAAUUUUAACAAGACCUAAAAGAUGCAAAUGGAAAUUGACGAAUCUGGUCCAUAUUUAAAUGAUGUCUUUGAAAAAAACGAAUGUACGAAAACAAAUUGUCAAAUUAAUGGUACAUUGGGACGAGGAGUUAAUAUUCAGAAUGCCGAGGAAUCAUUUUUAGAAUUAUCAGACAGACUUUCCGUACCGGAUGGAAACGUCGAUCAAGAGGAAUUAAACAACAAUUGCUUUGAACAAUUCAUUUGCUCAAAGUGUAACAUACCAAAACCAAGUGCCAGACUUCUUGAUAUUCACAUUCAAGAAGAUCAUGACAAUAUUUUCUUCAAACUCCUAUCGAAAAAGCAACCUAUGUAUGAAUGCUACGUACAAAAAUGUAAUUUAAAAUUCAACAGUCAAUCCGAACGAGACGAACAUUGUUCUUCUAUUCACAAAUAUACAAAAAGUUUUGGCACUUUUCUACAUCGGGGACAGUUGGAAAAAUGGGAAUCAAUAAAUACAAUGAAUGAACAAAAUCUCUCACAAAAACGAAAACAUAAUGACGAUUUUGAAAGUAAUAAAAAAAUAGCCUGCGAAACUAAUGUAAUCAAUGAAUUUCAAACCGAAGAAUCUAAAUCAACUUUGAAAUUUGUUCCAAGACAAAUUUUACUCGAUAAAAAUUCGGCAAUGAAUUUGCGAACUCAUUUAGCAUAAUUGGACUUAAUUUACAAUAAUAUACUUUUGCAAAAUUCUAACAUAGACUGAAUUUUAAAUUAACAAAGAAUAUCGUAAAAUUAAUUUUAUUUCAAUUUUAAUUUUUUUGGUUAAGUUUUAAAUCAAUUUAUUUAAUUAUUUAAUUAAUAACUUAAUAUGAAUUAAUGAAUUAAAUUUAAUAAUUCUGUAAAAAUGUUGACUAAAUAUUGGGUAUAGAAAUUGUUAAUAUAUUAUACUUAUAAUGAUCAUAAUA